AUGUUUCUGGCGAAGAUCGUAGAAAAUGGUUGGCCAAUCAGACAACGGCGGGGCUCCAAGACGCGCGCCGUGCAUCAGUGUGUCAAGUGCGGCGCCUGCUUCCGGCACACGCGUAAGCUCGUGGAACACCUGAAGAAUCUGCACAACAUCGAGCGCGCCUUCAGCUGCGACGAGUGCGACCAGACGUUCCGCAGCCCGAUGAACAUAGCCCGCCACAAGCUGAUCCACACCGGGCUGAAGGUGUUCGUCUGCGAGCUCUGUGACUACAGCACUAACCAGAAGUCCAACCUGGAAUGCCAUCGCCGCCGGCACGCGCAGGACUACAGCUUCAAGUGCGAGACUUGCGAGCGUAGCUUCUACCAUCGGACCGAGUACCUGGAGCACCGGAACGCCCACACCCGGAAGAACCUCUACCGCUGCGAGCACUGUCACAAGAGUUACCUCUACAAGAAGAACCUGUCGGUGCACCUGGUGACACAGCACGCGGCCGCCAAUCGGUCGACCGGCCCGAAGAGCAACGCGCGUGCGAGGCACGCCUGCAAGCUCUGCCCGGAGAGGUUCGUCUACAAGAGAUUGUUGAGGCAGCACAUGAAGAGUCAGCAUGGGCUCUCGAGCCCGCCUACUAAGCACCUGUGCGAUCUGUGUGGCGCCGAGCUGUCCUCCCGGCGACGACUGACUGUGCACAAGCGCGCCCAUACCGGCGAGAAAGUCUUCGAGUGCGACACGUGUGAUAAAAAAUUCGCCAGCAAGGAGAACCUGAUGCGGCAAAAGCUUCACGCAGAGGACGUCGUUGGUGUUGCACCUGCGCUUCCACUCGGGCGAGAGGCCGUAUCGGUGCCCCGAAUGCGGUUCGAGAGUAUCGCGAAGACCUGCGAGAUGUGCCAGGAGAAGUUCUACUUCGUCUCCAGGCUGGUCGCGCAUCUGCGGACCGCGCAUGGCAUUGACCGGCCCUUCAGCUGUGCCAUUUGCGGCAAGAGUUACCCCCAGCAGUUCAUGCUGAACGCCCACGUGAAGAAGUCGCACACGCCGAAGACGGUGCCGUGCGGCGAGUGCAGUUUCAUGGGCGUGAGCGCGAUCGACGUCGAGAGGCAUCUGAAGCGAGCCCACCGCGCCUUGAAAUUCACCUGCGAGAUCUGCAGCGAGAACUUCGACGACAAGGACGCUCUGGUCGCGCAUACGACGAUGCACAACUUCACGCAGUAUCAACGCUGUAGCGCGUGCGACAGUGUCUUCGACGAUGUGUGCAGAUUGAAGGAACACAAUCGUCUGCAUCACUAUGACCCGGCGACGGCGGGCGACAAGACGAAGAGGGGUUCCGCCGGCAAGAACGCCACCGAGCUCAAGUGCGACGCUUGCGGCGAGGUGUUCAAGUACAAGUCGAUGCUGAAGCAGCACCAGGCGAAGGCGCACGGCGAUCCGCUCCGCAGCGAGAGACGCAGUAACUGCCCUUCGGAUCCUUUGUAUAUCCCGGAUUCCAAAAAUUCUGGUGGCUCAGUUCUGCAAGUAUCGAUUUCCAAUGGUAAUAAUGCCUUGGUUAAGGAUUAUCCGGAAGCCCAAGAUGUCACAGCGGGAAAAAUCGGCAGAAAGAAAGCGAAGAGGAUCUUGGAGUGUCCCAUUUGCAGCAAACGUUUUAAUUUGAAACACCACGUGAAAAGGCACAUGAGUACACGUCAUCGUGUGAAUCAUUGCAAACAAUGCGACAAGAAGUUCCGCCUCGAGGAAGACUUGAGGCGCCACCAGAUAUUGUAUCAUAAACUUACCGAAUAUUCCUGCAACAUAUGUCCGUUCGUGACUAUGCACAAGGGCUUCUAUACGCGGCAUUUAAGGAAAUCACACAAGGAGGUGCAGAUGCCAGUCUGUAAAUUAAGUAAAUAUGCCUGCAAAACUCAGGCCGAGUUGAGAGCCCACAUGAAAACAGUUCACAAGGAAUGGUUCCUUCUGCUCUAUCUGUUCUGCGGCGUUUGCAUACCAGCAGAGUCUAACGCGACACUUGCGAAGUAUACACAUCCCAUAUUGUAACACGCUUGUGGAUGAUGUGCACCCUCCAGAUUCCAAUAAUUCUGGUGACUCAGAUCCAAAAGUAUCGACUUCCAAUAAUAGUAAUCCCU